AUGUGGAGUGUUAAAAAAUUGUGGUUUAUGACGCCUAUUUUAGUGUUGAUAGGUUUACUUCAAUUAAGUGAAACUGCAUUUCUACGGUGUUACCAAGGGUCCCUCAACAAUUAUGUAGAGACUCCAUUGUCACACCCACUAAAGUUAAUCCCCUGCAUCAACAAGGAGUUGCCUACUGUGAUAUAUACCUUCGGUUAUCGAGGCAGGAUUUCUGGACCAGCGACAACAGCAGUAUUAACAGCUUACAUAAAUAAGAAGAAGAGGAAUAUCAUACUUCUGAACUGGGAGAAUGAGGCUGAAAGUGGAAUGUUCGGUAUUUCUCUAGGAUACGCGUUCAGUGCCAUUCCUAAUGCUAAGAAGAUUGGCCGAGAACUGGGACAAGCUCUGAUAGCCUUCACGAAGGCUGGAGUGGCCAUAUCAGACAUCCACCUGGUAGCCCAUUCUCUUGGAGCACACCUCAUGGGAUUUGCUGGAAGACUGACCAGAGAACAGGGCUAUGUAGUGCCUAGAAUCACGGGCCUAGAUCCAGCUGGUACUCUGUUCGAAGGCCCGCUUUCGUUACAUAGUGGCCUUGACCGCACGUGUGCCAAGUUCGUGGACAUCAUUCACACAGACCUUGGGAACUAUGGCUCCAGCACUUCCACUGGUACUGUGGAUAUCUGGCCCAACUACACUGGAGAAAAAAGCAAACAGCCGGGCUGCCCAAUUGGAAACUUUGAAAUGUUUAGUCCUGAAGAUUUAUGCAGUCACGAUCGUUCAUGGGGAUACUUCGUGGAAGCCCUAGCAUGGCCGACGUCUUUCCAGGCGGUAGCUGCAUCAAAUUACAGUGAAUGGGUCGCCCAUGGAGGGGAAUCCAACCGCACCAUAUAUUUGGGAGACUUGACUAGCACACAAGCUAAGGGAAACUAUUACCUACGAACAAACAAUAAAUCACCCUUCGGGUUGGGCGUGGAAGGCACGAAGCCAAUCACUAAUCAGACUAGAAGACGAAGAAAUCCAUUUCUAGCAAGAUUAUUCAAGUUUUUUUAG